GGCUCCGGCAGCGGGGCGGGGCCGGCGUGGGCGGGGCGGGGCCGGCGUGGGCGGGGCGUCGCCGCUCUCGCCCCGACUCGCGCGGGGAUUGGCCGGCCCGCGGCUUCCUUGGCGCUGCCCAAUCACCGGGCAGGACUUCCUGGAGGUUUUUUUGCUGCUCUCGGCGUCGUUCGGGAGGUCGGCGAGGGCUUCGCGGUGGCCGGUGACUGCAGGCCUCGCUCCGCACCCCACCAUGAGGCUCCGCAAAGCUUGGCUGUUGGUCCUGCUCCUGGCGCUGACACAGCUGCUGGCCGCGGCGAGCGCCGGAGACGCUGCGGAAGAUACAGAAAAUGCCAUUGAGGAUGAAGAGGAGGAGGAGGAAGAAGAAGAUGAAGAAGAGGAAGAUGACUUGGAAGUUAAGGAAGAAAAUGGUGUUUUGGUCUUAAAUGAUGCAAAUUUCGAUAACUUUGUGGCUGACAAAGAUACAGUGCUCCUUGAGUUCUAUGCACCAUGGUGUGGACAUUGUAAGCAGUUUGCUCCAGAAUAUGAGAAAAUAGCCAGUGCUUUGAAGGAUAAUGAUCCUCCUAUUCCUGUCGCUAAGAUUGAUGCAACCUCAGCAUCCAUGUUGGCCAGCAGAUUUGAUGUGAGCGGCUAUCCCACCAUCAAGAUCCUGAAGAAGGGACAGGCUGUUGACUAUGAUGGCUCCAGGACCCAGGAAGAAAUUGUUGCCAAAGUCAGAGAAGUUUCCCAGCCCGACUGGACACCGCCACCUGAAGUCACUCUUACCUUGACUAAAGAUAACUUUGACGAUGUUGUGAAUGAUGCAGACAUCAUCUUGGUGGAGUUCUAUGCCCCAUGGUGUGGACACUGCAAGAAACUUGCCCCUGAAUAUGAGAAGGCUGCCAAAGAGCUCAGCAAGCGCUCUCCCCCAAUUCCCUUAGCCAAAGUUGAUGCCACCGAACAGACAGACCUGGCCAAGAGGUUUGGCGUCUCUGGCUACCCCACUUUGAAAAUUUUCCGCAAAGGAAGACCUUUUGACUACAAUGGCCCACGAGAGAAAUAUGGAAUUGUUGACUACAUGAUUGAGCAAUCUGGGCCUCCCUCAAAGGAGAUUCUGACCCUGAAGCAGGUCCAAGAGUUCCUGAAGGAUGGAGAUGAUGUAGUCAUCAUUGGCGUCUUUCAGGGAGACAGUGACUCGGCCUACUUGCAGUAUCAGGAGGCUGCUAACAACCUGAGAGAAGAUUACAAGUUUCACCACACUUUCAGCACUGAAAUAGCUAAGUUCCUGAAAGUCUCCCUGGGGAAGCUGGUGCUGAUGCAGCCUGAGAAGUUCCAGUCCAAGUACGAGCCCAGGAGCCACGUGAUGGAUGUCCAGAGUUCCACAGAGGCGUCAGCCAUUAAGGACUAUGUGGUGAAACAUGCCUUGCCUCUGGUUGGCCAUCGAAAGACGUCUAACGAUGCCAAGCGGUACACCAAGCGCCCCCUGGUGGUUGUGUACUACAGUGUGGACUUCAGCUUCGAUUAUAGAGCUGCCACUCAGUUUUGGCGUAACAAAGUCCUGGAGGUGGCCAAGGACUUCCCUGAGUACACCUUUGCCAUUGCUGACGAGGAAGACUACGCUACGGAGGUGAAGGACCUGGGGCUCAGUGAGAGUGGAGAGGAUGUCAAUGCAGCUAUCCUAGAUGAGGGCGGCAAGAAGUUUGCCAUGGAGCCGGAGGAGUUUGACGCAGACGCUCUCCGGGAGUUUGUCACCGCUUUUAAAAAAGGAAAACUAAAGCCAGUCAUCAAAUCACAGCCAGUGCCCAAGAACAACAAGGGACCAGUCAAGGUGGUGGUGGGAAAGACCUUUGAUGCCAUAGUGAUGGACCCCAAAAAGGACGUCCUCAUUGAAUUCUAUGCACCUUGGUGUGGGCACUGCAAGCAGCUGGAGCCUAUCUACACUAACCUAGGCAAGAAGUAUAAGGGCCAGAAGGACUUGGUUAUCGCCAAGAUGGAUGCUACUGCCAAUGACAUCACCAACGACCAAUAUAAGGUGGAGGGCUUCCCCACCAUCUAUUUUGCCCCCAGUGGGGACAAAAAGAACCCAAUUAAAUUUGAGGGUGGAGACAGAGAUCUGGAGCAUUUGAGCAAGUUUAUAGAUGAGCAUGCCACAAAGAAGAGCAGGACCAAGGAAGAGCUUUAAAGACCUGGUGAUCUGCAGAAGAAGGGCUGCCAGACACUGAGGUGAACAGCGCUGGCCCCAAGCAAGUGAACCAUCAAUGAAAUGGCAGUAUCUUGACUUUUUUUUAAUACUUUGUUAUGCCACCUCAUGCUCUGCAUACUGAAUAACCAUGAAUGACUUGAUAGUUUAGACCAGAAUUUUAUGGAGGAUAUAUCUAUUUUUAUCAUUUUGGGUCUGGUUUUUUUGUUUUUGCUUUUUAACCUUUUACUUUAGUAUUUCUUCAAACAAAUAAGUUUUGGAUCAUCUGUGUGAGAAUUUUUUUUUUUUUUAAUUUAAAGUUUAAAAGUCUUUGCUAAAUCAUGUUGAGUUUGCCUUUUAUUUUCUUGUUCAAACAAGUAGUAGCUUAAAAAUAGGUAA